GCAAACAGUGCCGUUUGCGUUGUUGGGCGUGCUGGUUGAGCGUGCGUGCGUGUGGUGCUGGUGCAAGGAAAGAUACGUAAAAAUGAACCCUCAAUUCGGUUUGUUUUUACGCAUGGGGUUGACAGAGAAGAGGCGCCAUAUGGGGCGCCUCAUCGUCCAUUCUCUGGUGGCGAUUCUGUUAACAAUUUUUAUCAUACACCUUCCAAGAAGCACGGCCAAGCCCCGGCCUAGCGAAAGCUAUGCAAAUGACCUCAUUAGUCAGGAUGAUUUGGCUGAUUACUUCCCGGGCGAGCUGGUCAACAAAAUAUACUACACCCCGCAGAACGAGUUGACCGAAAACCUGAUGGAAGCCGUACGCCAGCAACUGUACAUAGUGGACGAACGCGUUGUGCCUUACGCUAGCGAUGCCGAGAUGGAGUUCGCCCUGCUGUCCAACCCGCACAUAUGUUUCGGUGUGAGCUUCCGGAACAUUACCGACGAUGGUCGGCUGCUGUUCGUUGUACGGACCAAAAACAACAACUUUCGCACCAGCACCGUUUACUCGCAGGACGUUUAUUCUAGCUACCAGAAGCGUAACAACGAGUACAUCGAGAGCGGCUUUCUGGCGCUGCAAAAUGCUGUCGAUCAGUCGUAUGUGGCGAUGGUGGCGGCCCGCCAAAACACGGCCAACGCUGAGCGAAGUCUGCACGUGGCCUACGGGCAUAUACCGGUGGACGAUACAAGGGGACCGCAGGGACCGGCCAGAAACGUUGAGCUCAUGCCGGUGCUAGCGGUAGCGUUCGUGGUAAUCUGCAUAUUCGCACUGCUGCUACCGAUGGUGGAAGAUCGGGCGAACGGCAUGCGGGAACAUCUGAAGAUCGCCUGCGUUGCCAGCUACUGGAAGGAGGUGGCACUGUUUGCGAUCAAUUUCGUGCAGUUCUGUACGAUUCUGAUCGUGUGCUUCAGCAUUGCCCUCGCCAGUGCUUACUGGGACGCGAAUGCAGCACUGAUCGUGUACCUUGUACUGUUGGCCAUCCUGUUUGUGAUGAAUCUGAUUGCGUUCACCUUUUUCCUGAGCAGCACGCUAGAAUCUCCAACGAUGGCCACCGCGGUGGCGCCGAUCAUAUUUUUUGGACCAAUCUUUCUGUCCGUUUUGGGCAAGGGACUGGUGAUUCCGCUGUCCCUGUUUCCCGUCACGGGCCUCUGCUAUGCGGGACUGAUAGUGGAAGUGUUUAAAUCGUCCGGCCACCUGUUUCGGGCCCACAACCUGUUCACCGUCGAUUAUCCCGGCGUGGGCUACACGAACAUGUUUCUCGUGUAUUUGUGCCAGCUGGUCGGUACGAUGCUGUGGUUGUUUCUAUGGUUCUACGUUUCGAACGUCUUUCCCGGCCGGUACGGGACACCGCAAUCCAAGGGCUUUUUCCUGUCGAAAAGCUACCGGAAGCGGUUGUGCGAGGGCGUGCGAAACCGGUCCCGAAACACGAACAAAAUCACCGCAGAAAGUCAGCACGAUUUGCAGCAGAACUCGACCGGCAGCAAUGAGCUGGAUAAUCGCUUCGAAGCGAUCAGCAUGGCGUACAUCGAUGAAGCGCCGGAUGCGUUUGAAAUCGACCUGGAACAGUGCCGGCGCACCGAAAAGCCGGCCGCCGAUUCGCAGGAAGUGGUUCGCAUUACGAAGUUGAACAAAGCGUUCAAAGGUCGAACGGGCGGCGCGAAGCUGGUGGUGAAGGACUUUUCGCUCUCGAUCUACGGCCACAGCAUUACCGUGCUGCUCGGGCACAACGGGGCAGGCAAGACGACCACGAUGAACAUUAUCACCGGCAUACUGCCACCGACCUCCGGCACGAUCGUGGUCGACGGGGAGCACAAUCCACACCGCUACCGCCACAAGAUCGGGUUCUGUCCGCAGCAUAAUGUGUUCUUCUCCUAUCUAAACUGUCGCGAGCAUUUGGAGUACUUCGGACGGUUGCGAGGCCUGAACGCGUCCGAUGCACGCAGAGAGGCGAAAGGCGUGCUGGAGACGGUGCAUCUAGCCGAUAAGAGUGAAUCGCUUGUCCACACGCUGUCCGGCGGUAUGAAGCGACGCCUUAGCCUGGCCAUCGCCAUCAUGGGCCACACGAAACUGCUUAUCCUCGAUGAGCCUACGUCCGGGCUGGAUCCGGAAUCGCGCCGUGACAUAUGGGACGUGCUGCUGAAAUUGCGCCAAAAUCAUACGAUCCUGCUGACGACCCACUUUAUGGAGGAAGCGGACGUGCUCGGCGACUGGGUAGCGAUAAUGGACGAUGGCGAGCGGGUAGCGUUCGGCUCGCCACUGUUUCUGAAGCACGAGUACGGCAAGGGAUACACGCUGAAGCUGUUCAAAUCGUUGCACUUUGAUGAGCGGAAAACCUGGUCACUGAUCCAACGGCACGUACCGAACGCUGUCGUGCGCGAUUCGGUGCAUGAAAUAUUUGCCGCCACGCUGCCGUACGACGAGAUGGCACAGUACGGGGCGAUGCUGAAGGAGCUGAAGGAAACCCAGCGCGAUCUCGGCAUCGAAACGAUCGGCAUUGCUAAUGCGACACUCGAGGAAGUGUUUUUAAAUUCCAGCACACGCAAAAAAGAAAUUCAACACCACCCAGAGAGUGUCGACUGUGUCGAUAGUCCUCCUCCGGAUCGAUGCACGAGCGACGGGCCGGGAUCGAUUAGCGCGGGAUCCAAAACUACGCCGCUCCAUGCGAAGAACGUGCUGAAGGCAAUUUGGGGGAAAAAGUGGAUUCACAUGAAGAGCAACAAGCACCUGUACGGUUUCCUGCUUGCCUUUCCACUUCUGGUGACGAUUUGCUGUUUCAUGUUCACCACCGGCAUCACCGAUGUGGUGAAAAGCCUUCCGGCGGUACAGCUAGACGGGAGCGGCAUCAACCAGGCGCUCGGCAUACUUGUGAUCAAUCGUGACAGCGAUCGGGCCGGCGCGUUCGGCAACGUGCCAGAGAUCCAAUCGGACUUUGACCGAUCUCCGGUUAAUGGUGUGCGCAUGGUGGUCGUGCAGGAGAACGACGGUUCCUUGCUGGAUGCGCUACGCGAACGAAUCGUGCAAGACUAUACUGCGUACCGGGAUCAAGUGGUGGUAGCAAUACAGUGCAAUGUUACGAACAAUGGACUCGAUCUGACGGUCCUGUACAACAACAAUCUCGUCCAUAGCACGGGCAUUGCGGAAACCGUCCUUGCAACGCUCCUGCUACGCUACUACGCCGGACUACCGGGAGCGAUUGUUCGCACGGAAAACAUUCCUUCCACACGCAAGCAGCUAAUAGACAUCCAGACGCCAUACUACUUCACGGAGCUACUCCCGAUAGCGAUCAUGUUCUACAUGCUGAUAUAUCUGUCGGGACCUUUACACGAGCAUUUGACCGGGUUCCGGCAACUGCAAAACAUAAACCGCUACCUAUAUUGGGGCAGCACGUACACGUACGAUCUGCUGGUGCACCUCGGAGAGUGCUUGCUAGUAAUUGCGCUCGUGUGCCUGCUGGAUCGUUCGGAGGCGUUUAGUGAGGCGUCAAAGUUGCACAUCUUCUGGAUCCUGUUCGUGUACGGAAUGCUUGCCCUGCCGGUAAUCUACAUCAUCAGCCAGUGUGUGGAGAGCGCCAACACUGCGAUAACCAUCAUGAGCUAUCUGAUGAUUGCGGGAGUGGUGUUUGUCUUUAUGCUCUCGAACGGGUACGACGAUAUCGUAAACAACGAGCCCUGGAUCACGUUGCUGCAUAUCGUGCCCGAGUUUGGGCUGAAACACUCGAUGCGCGUGGUGUACGAAAACCAGAAGCUCAUCAUAUACGAACAAAUGUCACUCCGGCAGAACCGGGGCCAUUCCGAGCCGUUCGCAAACAAGCGCAUCUAUCCGUACACAUUUUACUUUAUGGCCUCGUUCCUGCUGGCCCUGCUCGUGAUCAUCCUGAACGAGCUGGUGGAAAACAUUUACCGGCGGGAGAAGGUAAAGAUUGGCCGUGAAUCGGCUGGCGAAAACAUUCGCAAAGCAUACCGACAGUGUAAUCGUACGCUACGGCGCGAGGAUGAUCGAGCGAAGGGCAACCGCGCCACCGAGGGUGACGAGGAUCACGGUGAUGGACACGACGAAACCGACAGUUCGGCACUGCCGUCGGACGAUGUGGAUCAGCAAACGGCACUGGUCAACCGGUUGGUAGCGAAACCGGGAGAAGAAACUAGCGGACAGUACGCGAUCAUAGUGAAAGCGUUGAGGAAAACCUACGUCAAGCGGGAGGCCGUAAGGUCCGUGAGCUUUGCCGUGAAGAAGGGCGAAUGUUUCGGGCUGCUCGGUAUGAACGGGGCCGGCAAGACGACCGUCUUUCAGAUGCUUUCGGGCAACCUACCGCCCUCGGAAGGGGAAAUCUAUCUGCAGCACUUCGAGGUACGCAAGGCGGACGCGCUAGAGUACCGGCACCAGUACGGCUACUGUCCGCAGUUCGAUGUGCUGCCCGACUUUAUGACCGUGUACGAAGUGAUCGAUUACUUUGCGCAGCUGAAAGAGCUCGGUGCGCGCGAGAAGCACAUCAACAGCUGGCUGGCCAAGCUGGACAUUCUGCAGUACAAGGAUCACACGCUGGACGAAUGUUCCGGUGGUACCAAGCGUAAGGUCAACACGAUACUGGCCCUGCUCGGUGGGCCGUCGGUGGUACUGCUGGACGAACCAACCACCGGCGUGGAUCCCAAGUCGCGCCAUUUCCUGUGGAAAACGAUCAAAGCAAUUCAGCGAAAAAAUCAAACAAUACUGCUCACCUCGCACAGUAUGGACGAGUGCGAGGAGCUGUGCAACCGGCUCUCGAUCAUGGUCGAUGGGCGGUUGCGGUGUGUCGGAACCAUUCCAGAGCUAAAGAAACGGCACGGACAGGGAUACAAUCUGUGGAUAAAGGUGAAAAGCACCCCGAUCGAACCGAACGAUGAGACGGGCGAGCAUAAACAGUUGAUACGCGAGGUGACGGAACGGUUCCAAGCCACGCUGCAGGAGGAACAUAAGGGGUUGUUAAAAUUUGUCGUAGACCUGAACCUCGACCUAUCGGAUCUGUUCGAUCGACUCGCUGAGCUGGAACACAAACGCGGGCAUCAAAUCGAAAAUUGUUCAAUCAAUGAAUCUUCGUUAGAAGACAUUUUUCUACAUUUUCGACCCAAAAAAAGAGCAAACACAUGAGCAAUGGUUAAGGGUUACCAUCUUCGCUUAUCAACGCUUAAUCAACGAGCGUUUGCUGUAAUAUUUCACCUUGUGCUGAGUAAUAGCAUUCCUUUUCAUCCUUUCUUUCUCCACAGUAGGCGCAGGUGAAAGUUAUAAUUCAAGUACAGUUUUGUUCGGAUCACCGAAUGAAGGAUGAUCUCGUGACCAAAGAUAGCGUAAAACUGCAUGUGCAUAUGCUUCAUCCUGCAUCCAUUUCAAUUCAGUUAGUAAGUACGCACCACCGAACUAGUAUUAUUUAAAGCUCCAUUAUUGAAGGACCGUGGAGCUGUGUGAGUGUGUGUAUUUUUAAAUGUCUACAUUAUAUAGCACACAAAGAAAUACAGCAUGUGCUGCUGAGCAAAAAACGCCCUUUGGUUGGAAUAAAUUUAUACACAAUUGUAGUAGGUA